AUGGCAAAUGUGGAAGUGCCUGCAAGCCAUACCGAUGUGCUCAUUGUGGGUACUGGCCCAGCAGGACUGAUGAUGGCCACUUCACUGGCCAAAUGCGGCAUUGAUACACGUAUCAUCGACAAGCGUGGCACCAAGAUCUUUAAUGGGCAAGCCGAUGGCCUACAAUGCCGAACUCUGGAGAUUUUCGACUCCUUGGGCUUUGGUCACAGAGCUUGGCGAGAGUCCAAUCACAUGCUCGAGAUACGCCUGUGGAACCCGGACGAGAAUGGCAUCAUUCGCCUCAGCGACAAGAUACCUGAUACAUUGGUAGGCAUCUCGCGCUUCCAGCAGGUCGUACUGCAUCAAGGCCGCAUCGAACGCUUCUUCCUCGACACAAUUCAGGAAUGUGGCGGCAACCCGGUUGGACGAGGUGUUUUGCCCACAGAACUGCAUAUCGACGAGACUCUGGUAGACGAUAGUCAUGCAUAUCCUAUCACCGUCCGUGUUCGCCAUCUGUCGGAGAAGGAGUCCACUCCCGAUCAGACUGCAACAUCUGCCAAUGGUGAGGCAGUGCAGGAUGGCUUAUUUCGGAGCAAUCUGACUCCCGACGACACCCAUGAGCUGAUCGCGCGUGCCAAACUGGACAGCAAAGCCAACUCGGAAGAGACAAUAAAAGCCAAGUACUUGCUGGGUGCAGAUGGCGCGCAUUCCUGGGUUCGAAGGCAGCUUGGAUUUAAGCUCGAAGGAGACUCUACCGACUAUAUUUGGGGAGUCUUAGACAUUGUUCCAAUCACCAACUUUCUGUUGAAACUGCUCAUGAACAAACAACACUUUCCAGACAUUCGCAUGCGCUGUGCAAUUCACUCUGCAUCGAGUGGAAGCGUUAUAGUCAUACCUCGAGAGAACAAGCUUGUCAGACUUUACAUUCAGCUGACUACAACCGAGAAUGCUGCCGAAGGCGGUGCGGCGAAAGCAGACCGGUCGAAAAUCUCACCUGAGACUAUCCUAGCAUCUGCCCAGAAGAUUAUGGCUCCUUACAACAUCACGUACAGGAAGCUUGACUGGUGGACUGCGUAUCAAAUUGGACAACGAGUCGGCACAAGCUUCUCUGCUCAUGAACGAGUGUUCCUCGCAGGCGAUGCUGUUCAUACACAUAGUCCCAAAGCUGGGCAGGGUAUGAACGUUAGUAUGCAGGACACAUUCAAUCUUGCCUGGAAAGUUGCAAGUGUCGUCAAAGGUGUUUCCUCCCGGGCGAUCCUGAAAACUUACCAGUCCGAAAGACGUCGCAUAGCACAAGAUCUCAUUGAGUUCGACCACCGUUUCUCGAGACUCUUUUCCGGACGCCCCGCAAAGGAUGUCAUGGACGCUGAAGGCGUCAGUAUGGAAGAGUUCAAAGACGCAUUCGUAAAAGGAAACCUGUUCGCGAGCGGCAUUGCUGUCGAUUAUGGUGCUAGCAGCAUUGUUGCAAAAGCUGGCGAAACAACUGACCAAGGAGACGGCACUGAGGUGUCGGCCUCAGCAAAGUUUCGAGUACAGUCAACUCAAUCCUUGGCCCCAGGAAUUCCAGUUGGGAAACGUAUGCCCAGCGUGAAGGUCCUCAAUCAGUCCGAUGCUCGGCCAUGGCAUUUUCAAGAGCUUCUUCCAAGUAAUGGUCUUUGGCGAAUCGCCUUCUUCGUCGGAGACAUAUCCAGACCAUCUGAACGGCAGUGCGCAGAAGCCAUUGGAAAAGCUAUCGAUCACGAAGCUUCAUUCUUGAGACGAUACACAUCCGCAAAUGCGAGGUAUGAUUCGGGAUUCGAGAUUCUGGCAGUACAUUGCGCUCCACGUGCUACUACCACGAUCUUCGACUUCCACCCUGUGUUCCGGCCAUACGACGAGCUUGAUGGGUGGGACUACGCCAAAAUAUUUGUCGACGAGGAUUCUUAUCAUGAGGGACAUGGAAGAAUAUAUGAGACUUUCGAAAUUGAUAAGUCAGUUGGCUGUGCAGUAGUGAUCAGGCCUGACCAGUAUGUGAGCUAUGUUGGGGCUGCAGACUACGUUGAGUCGAUCAAUAAGUUCUUUGCUGGAUUCAUGAUACCUGCUCGGGAGACUUAUAGGGCAGCAUUGAACAAUCCAGAUUUAGAUAGAGAUUGA